CGUGGGUGGGUGAGGGGUGUCAACCGCCUCAUUACCUGCCUCCGCGGGGUUUCUACGCCCCGGCUUUGGGAGAAGGUGCCCUCCCGUGCCCGGGCACAGCGGCGGCAGUCAGGGAGCCACAGCGUGGGCAGUAGUGGAGCACGGUGGCUGUGGGGGCCCCCUCCAGUCGCCGCGGCUGCGUCCCUCAAACCCAAGCCCAGCUGUUGACAGGCUCCUUGUGAAAUGGAGUUUGGCAUCCUCAGCGCAGAACCGAGUGGAAGUUUCCAUGAUGAGGAAGUUGUGUGACACGGGGGUUUGGAAAAGGUUGGCAGGCUCCGGGGGGUGGGCGGUUUAAAGGAACUGUGGGUUCCCCAUCCCCCUUUUUCCUCCUGCCCCGGAACUCCGGGUUUGGAAAGGAGAAUUUUCCUGAAUGUUGGAUUGCGCUGUUGCCAGUGCCUGGCGACUGGGCUUCUCCCCGCCUCCUCGGGCAGUCGGUGGCGAUUUCACUACCCUCCUAGGUCGCGCAAGGAGCCCUGGUGGUUUAGUGGUGAAGUGUUCGGUUAAGAUUGGCGGUUCAAACCCACCAGCCAGUCCGCGGGGAGAAAGCAGUGGCAGUGUGUUUCCGUCAAGAAUUGCAACCUUAGAAACCCUAUGGGGCAGUUCUACUCUGUCCUUUAGGGUCGCCAGGAGUCGGAAUGGACUGGACGGCGCACAACUAGGUCGCGCUCCUUGACUUUGCUUCUCUUGAUACAGCAUCCUCCUCUGGGUCGCCUUGAGUUUGUUCUGAUUCCGGGAAUUGUGCGAGCUGUGCACCCUUCACCCCACCCCUUGUGACAAGACUUCUAUAGGGGAAUUUUCAUCCCUGUGGAUUUCGACCUUCUCAGCAACCGUUGACAUUUUGGAGGAGAAUUUCCCAGUGACCAUGUAGGAUUAUUAUUAGUGCCAAUUUUAAGCCUUCUGAUCUGUUUUUGGGGGGAGGGGGAGGACAUGGGGUGCCUUUGUAUUUAUUAAAGGCUAAAUGUAUAAUUCCCCCCAAUGGGAAAUUUUAAAGGAAGGCUCUAGAAGCAUAGCAAUUCGUCAAGUGAAUAGAGUGCCUGAACAGUUGAGACUCUCUACCCUUCCUUCCCUCACCGCACAAAUUUAGAAUUUGUAAAGAGUUAAACGCUAUGCCUCAUCAGUACAUACAUUUGAAAUAAGUUCUUCCUCUUAGCAUGUUAUUGGUUUUAGGUGCUAGUGAAAUUCAGUUUUAAAAACCUGUUUUCAAGUACAAGACACUGAAAAUUCCUUGGGCAAUAUCAGAGCCAAGCAAUUCAUAUAAUGAUAAAUGUAUUAGAUCAUGCAGACCGGUUGGGUAAUAUCUUUACAUUAUCUGACCUGAUUUUAGCUCACUAGGCUUAUUUACAUUGUGAUAAUAUAUAACAUGCCCUGCAUUGCAAAGUAAUAAAAUUGCAUUUCAGCCAAAAGAUUGCAUGAUUCAUUCUGAAUAUUCAUUGUGACGAAUCUACUCCCUAAUUCACUUCUGCUUAUCUCUGUUACUGUUCUGAAACUAGUCAGGGACUAAGAAACAUUAAUUAAAAAGGUGUUUCACUGAAAUGUAUUUUGAGCAGUGGAUGUUUUAGGUAAAUGCCAUGACAAUUGGUUAAGUAUCUUUAUUGACGCUAACAGAAUUUCAAGAGUAAGUUAUUUGUUUGGUAAAUACUAUGGCACUGGGUUUUUUUUUUUGGUUGCUGGGUUAUGUGACUAGUAUAUUUUAGUAAAUUAUAUAGGAAGGCAUUGGUGAACAAAUUAUUAUUGAUUAUUUGUGUGUAUUAAACAUAAUAACAAGAUCUUAUUUUUAAUGAAUUUAAAGGCUUAUUAUAUAUUGGAAUGAGACCAUCUGCUAGUAAAUACAAUUUGGCUUUAUUUUACGGUGGGUGAAAGUAUAUUAUACUGGCUAUAGCCUCAGAGCUUUCUUUUUUAGAAGCAAUUACUGUUGGCAUUACAAUACAAAGGGAUCGUUUUAUCGGCACUGGAGUAUUGUUCUAUAAAGUAACUUACCAAACGCACUUUUUCCCUUCUUUGUCAUGAAUUCUGCUGUAAUUAGAGAUGUAUUGAAACAACUUCCUUUCAACCAGCAUCUUUGGGAAAAGAGGAUUUCUUAAAAUCGCCUUAAGAGCAAAGAAAGUUGGAGAUGCAUUUCCUUCCCUGGGGUUUUUGCAGUUGUUUGAAGCAUGGGCUGUGUGGAGUCACGCACGUGUUGCAGGUUUCUUUUUUUGAUAAGCUCAUCUAUUUGGUGGAAACUAGAGCGAAGAUGCUUAUGGUUUCUUUAGCUCCUUCUUGUCCUUCGAGUUUCACCUUCUUAGAAAGCCCUUCCCUGACCACACAAGUAAAAACAAUCCUCCAUCCCCACUCAUAACCAUCAAACCUUUUUUUCUUCCUCUUUUUCCAUGGCUGACCUUAUUUGCCAUCUUCUCUGUUCAAUGAAGUUAUUUAUUGGUCGAUUACCUGUCUUUGCUGUCUGGAAUGUAAAUUCCAUAACAGCAGGAAUCUCACUGACUCACCCAUCUCCAAUGUCUAGAAUAGUAUUUGGCACACAGUAGGUACAGAGUAAAUAUUUGUUGAAUAAGCGAAUGGUUGUGCCCAAACACUGUGUCCCUCCAAACCUCUGUCUUUAAGCAUUCUAAAUGGGUGCCAACUGGGUACACCAAGUUUUGUGCUUCAGUGGGUGACCCAAGUAUGUAUGGUACCGUCUUUAUUUUUAUCGUUAUCUUUUUUGAGAUGAAAGCCCCCCACCCCCCCACCCCCCCUAUUCUGUGUAGUGACAAUGCAGAGAGUUCUUUCUGUGAGUUCCUCCUUUGUACACGGAUAUUCUCAGCAGUGGAAUUUGUCUUACACUUUACCUUGAUUCGCUGAAGACAUUAACCUCCAACUCCCUGGGUUUCAGCAGUCUUUUUACAAGUUCUGGAGGCAUUGUCAGUGCAGAGUGAAAUUCCAGGGCACAGACAUCACUGAGUGAUAGCAAUGCCUUCUCACUCAGCAGGUUCUGGCAGUGUCCGUGGCCCUGGCAGUCCCAAGAGGACCAAGGGCAAUGUGGUGGUGUGGCUGGGGCCCUAAAAGUAGUAGCUGUGGAGGGGACAAAAAUGGAACUGUCGUGAUCCAGUACAAGAUAAGAAAGAGCCCUUUGUGGUAGAUUGGGAAAUGACCAGGUAGUUACUAUAUGUGGCCCUUUCGAACUUUCCUAAAUGGAUUCUGAACUACACUGUUAUGGGAAAUAUUGUAUUACUGGGUUUUCAAGUGACCAGGGUGUGAAAUACCCAAGAAGGUCAUCUUCAGAUUAGUCAUUCGAGGAAACCCGUGGCCAUUGGGAGUAAAAGGAAAUUACAUUUGAUGAUUACGGCAAUUUUGUUUUUGUUUAUAGAGUAUGGACUUUAAGAAAUGCAUCUGAGUAAGUGCAUAGUAAAAAUGGCAUGUGACAGUGAGACUGGCAAAAAUGGGAGGAGAAGAAAGAUCGAAAUCUUGUAGAGGGAAGACAGUUAAACAAAAAUCCUAAAUGCCUGCUGCUUUUGAGUAUUUAGCUCUGUGUUUCUUAGCAGUUAACAGGUGGGGGGUAUGCAUCAAAGUUAUAAUGGAAGAUCAGAUAACAACUGGCGAGUACUUUCUAUGGUGCCUGGUAACUAAUAUAUAUUCAAUAUUUUUAUUAUAAUAAAAAUUUCAUAGGAUUAAAUUGGGGGACACAUCUUAUAGAUUCUCAUGAAAUAUCAAACCAUACAAUGGACAAUGCUUGAAUUUCAACUCUACAGAAAAAGUUCUUUAUGCGGCCAUGUCUUUUACCAACCCUCAAGGGAAAAAAAAUAGAGAAGGUUAUUACGAUGAAAAGGUACCCAGUUCGAGGCCCUGAGCUACCAUGGUCCAACCAUGGAGAUUCUGGCGAUCUUCCCAAUUCAGCAACAAAGCUCAGAAAACCUAGAGGAUUGAAUGGUUAACAUGGUCUUUAAACAAACUUUCUCAAACAUCCAGUGUCUCAGCCAAGCUUUUGACUAGAGCAAUCUGAGAGGCCAGGACAGUGAAGAACCUGAAAAUGACCCUAUGGCCAUACCCGGCUGUGAACAGUCUCCCCUGAGACUUUGUUCUUUGCUCGCUAUGGUUUUAUCACCCUGCAGGGCAAUGUGUCUGUGUCCAUUUGCCUCCCCCCACUAAAUUGUGAUGAAGGCCUGUGAGUUUAUUCUUCCUUGAAUCCCCAGCACCUUGACUGACAGGUGAGGACAGGAGAAUCCUUGUUGGACGACUGAAUGGGAGGGAGAGAGGGGUGGCCUUCUCUUUCUCUUCUGAUGUUGCUAUAAAGCGUCAUCUUUUGACUUUGUUUUGCCUAGAUUAAAUGUUUGGAUUUCAUCAUACGUGCACGUUCCAGCUGGCUGCUUUGCUAGGAGAGCUUACUCUAACGUCCAAGCUCAUUGAACAGUAGAUGGCACAUUAACUCCUUGGUUUAUUUAAAGUCAUUCUGAUUAUCUAUGUACCUAAUAUGUGCCCAGGUGCAGCCCAGUGGACUAUGAACUCUUAUGCAUAUGUUAAGAAAAGAGAAUUCUGAAAUGGUCUCUGUUGUCAUGGAACUCAGCGUACCUAUUGGGGUUGCUCACACAGCCCGUUAGAUGAAAUAAAGUAAGUUUAUGUCUCAAGAGGCUGGUGUUUUGUGGUUUCUGUAGCCCACUUGGCAUAGUGGUUAAGGGCUACAGCUGCUAACCAACAGGUUGGAAGUUCAAAUCCACCAGGCACUCCUUGAAAAUUCUGUGGGGCAGUUCUACUCUGUCCUGUAGAGUCACUGAGUCCCAGUUGACUUGGUGACAAGGGGUUCAGUGGGGACCCCCUUGUACUAGUGUAAAUUUUAGUGGUAUCUACCCAGGAGUUUUUUGGUGUCCAAGUGGUAUGGGGUUGAAUGUGUUUAGGCCAGUGAGUUUCCGAUCGAUGAAGUUCAGUCUCCACCUUAAGUUCCCAAACCUGUUAGUCAAUUAUGGCAUUUAAGCAGGUGGAGAAAAAAGUAGCCAAAUCACUGAGUCACAAGCAGUGUAUUUCCAUAUCCUCCUCUCAGGAAUCUGGCCAACUGACAGCUAGAAUAGUGAUUGAGCUGCGUUCAACGCUAAUGGUAUUUGGUCCACACCGUUCUAAUUUAAGGGACUUUGGAGCCUUUAUGUACUGGCCAGCUCUUCUUGUGUAAUACUGUUUUUAUGGAGUGAGAAGCUGAGCCCCACUCUGACCUUAGGUAUCUUUUCUAAAAAGCAAGUAAAGAGAGCCUGGAACGAGGACCCAGAAGCCUUGACUCUCUGUCUGAGGAAGCGUAUUGUAACCUUCCCAUGGUGAAAGUCAAACAUUCUAACAAGAUGUUCCCUGGGAGAUGUUUUUGAUGGAUGUGGACGUGUUUGAUAGUAGUGACCAUCUUUCUUGCCUUAAAAAAAAAAAUAGGCACAUUUAAUUUUCACGGUAUGGGGAUCUGCUCUGAAUAACACAGACUACCUGCGUUUGAGGCUCUUGUCAGGGAACAUAACCUUGAACUGUCUUCUGGGCAAUGCUUAUCAAAAAUGAAAUGAUAUUUAUGGAGAAGUGUUUGAAGGACAGAAGACAUAACCUUGAACUGUCUUCUGGGCAAUGCUUAUCAAAAAUGAAACGAUAUUUAUGGAGAAAUGUUUGAAGGAUAGAAAACCAAAAGACAAAUUCUUGGUCCAGCUUGUCAGUUGAGGGAGCUUUUGGACUACACGCCUGGGUUCUAUUUUCUCUUCCUGACCUGGGUGUUUUUUAUUCUAAUUUUUAUUUUCCCUGAUCGUGCUUUUUAAAAUUAUUCACAUUUUACUCUUAGUCACAUAUAUAUGUUAUAUAUAUAUAUAUGAUUGAAUAUGUGUGUGUGUAUAUAUAUAUAUAUAUAUUUUUUUUUUUUUUUCCUGAGAGUAUACUAUAGAUGGAGACCCUGGUGGCAUAAUGGUUAAGUACUAUGGCUGCUAACCAAAGGGUCGGCAGUUCGAAUCUGCCAGGUGCUCCUUGAAACUCUAUGGGGCAGUUCUACUCUGUCCUGUAGGGUUGCUAUGAGUCAGAAUAGACUCGACGGCACUGGGUUUGGUUUGGUUGGUUUUAUACUAUAGAUAAAAAAAAAAGGCACAUAUAACUAGGAAAGGAUUGAUCUGAACUAAGUGCCUCAUUUGACUUCCUAGUUCUCAAAAAGGCCUUCCAGGGAAUCAUGGCUUCCCUUCUGUGAUCAAGAAUUUAGGGAUUUAUUCAAAAAGUCAUGAGUGAUAAGCUGAUUGAAGGAAAAGCAUGGACAAGGGAAUGAGAAUUGACAACAGCUAUAUCUUCUUCAUUUGGGGAAUGCACUUUCUUGACUCUUUUGGAGGCCCAGGCAGGCUUGUAAUGCAGACAGCCGAGAAGAGAGCCAUGGUUUUAGUGGCAGAAUGUAUGAUCAUGACAUUUGGGAACCCUUCGAGCUUUCUAACUGUUGUGACAUUUGUUGUUCAAUGGUUCUCAAGAUGGUUCAGAUAUAUUUGCUCCCUAUUUAUUAUUUGGGAAACCCUAGCGGUCUAGUGGUUAAGAGCUACAGCUGCUAACCAAAAGGUCAGCAGUUCAAAUCCAUCAGGCGAUCCUUGGAAACCCUAUGGGGCCGUUCUACCUUGUUCUAUAGGGUUGCUAUGAGUCAGAAUCAACUCGAUGGCAAUGCUUUUUUUUUUUUUUUAAUUUAUUAUUUGUUUCUCCUGGAGCUCUGUUCUCCCAGAUUUUCGCAAUGUCUGUACAGAAUAAGUGUUCAGAACGUCAUAGUCACUGAUAAUGAUCAUGACGGUUCUGGGGCUUGGUCAUCUUUUUCAUGUUUCCCCCCACAUGCAUAGAUGUCUCAUCAGCCUGCAUGACUGUACAUGCAGAAUCUGCCUCAGUGACAUGUGUGUGUCAUGUUCUCAGAUACAGGGAAGAAGGCCUCACUUGUCUGUGGUUCCCAGACCAGCUUCCAAGUUGUGGUGAGAAACGACACAGCGAUGCUGAUGUCCCAAGCCACAAACCCUGUCUCCUUUCCAGUGCAGCCGAGUUGCUUCUCUGAACACCUGAAUAUGGUGGAAGGUCCUUGUCUUCUUUGACCUUUUGCUUUUCAUUACUCCAUGGUCAAUUACCUUUGGGAAAUCCUGAGGUUUAGCAACUGAAUACAAGCAUUUUCAGAGCCUAUUUUGGUGGUAAUAUGCAUUAUGAUUCUCUAAGAAGGGGGAUAGUAAAGUAGCAAAAUUUAUUUGGCCCCCAUAUUCUUUGAGUUUUUUGUUUAUUUGUUUUUAUGGAAAACUGCAGUUGGCUAAAGUUCAAUGCAAGUGGUUGUGAGAAACAGAGGUUUCAAGUAUUUCACUUAAAAAAAAAAAAAGGCUCAUUCGUUUUAACCUCUUACUGCAUUUCAAAAUAAGUGAUAACUCAAAGGAACAGUAUGUAGCCCCCCAGGGGAGCAUUUUAGCUUUUUCACAAAGAAUUCAGCAGUUUUUAUAUAACACUGGUAAUGCUGCCAUUGUUGAAGUGUUUUGAGAUGAUGUAAAAAUUGCACUCAAUUUCUGAUAGUUUAAAAGGACUAUAAUCAUAAAAUAUAUCUUUCCUUAACUUUAUUUCUGAUGUUGAGUUGUAUUAAGUUACAUAAACCAGAGAAUGGUUUAUUUCUGCCGCGUGUGCCUUUGUUUCGUUUUUGCAUUUCACCUCACCUUCACCUACACUGAAAUUGUCCCGAGGUUAUUGUGUUGAGCUUCAUGAUUUACAGAAGUGUGGAUUUUCUAAUAGAUGGGUUUUUUAUUUCUUGAAAGAUCGAAGUGAAAGAUGAGGAGGAGAAAAUGAAUGAAUGAGUAGCAUUAUGGAAAUACUACCUGAUUAAUAACAGAAAUAUUUUAGACCAGUCUUUUGACUUAUCUUAGCUUUAACUUCCUUAGUAUAGAAUGAUAAGAGUAGGUAAAUUAGAUAAUCUCAAAUUAUCCUUAGCCCAGGGGUUGGCACACUUUUUCUGUAACAGGCCAUAUGGUAAAUAUCUUAAGCUUUGCAGGUCACAGAGUAGCAAAACUAUUCAACUCCGAGGUACAGAAGCAGCCAUAGACAAUACAUAAAGAAAUGGUCACGGCUAUGUUCCAAUAAAACUUUAUUUACAAAAACAGGCAGUAGGUCAUAGUUUGCCGACCCCUGAUAGCCCAGCACCAUCCAAUGGAAUAUAAUACGAGCCGCGUAUGUAACUUGAAAUUUUCUAGUAGCCAUAUUAAAAAUAAGUCAAAAGCACCAGUGAUACUAGUUUCAAAAAUAUUUUUUAUUUUAUUCAGUAUAUAAAAAAUAUUAUUUAACAUGUAAUCAGUAUAAAAAAUACAUUCUUUUUCUUUCUGUACCAAAUCUUCAAUAUCUAGUGUAUGUUUUGCACCCACAGAACAUUUCAAGUUACACUAGCUACAUUUCAAGUGCUCAAUGACCAUUUAUGGCAAGUGUUACUGUAACUGGAUAGUACAGCUCUACCGUUAAAAAUACCUAUGAUCCCAUCAAAUCCCAUGCAAAAAUAAAUGACAUGAAUUAUUUCAAGGAUUGAGAUGCCUUUUUUUUUUUCCCCUUGCCACAUGUAUUGGUCAGGAAAACACCAUUUGCAAUAACAAGCAAAAUAAAAAAUAUACAAUGACUCCAAUAAAAAUAACAGUUUAUUUUUCACUCAUGGAAAGUGGAAAAUGGCUAUUCCUGAUUGGUGGCUUCUUGCCCCAGUGAUUCAGGGGUACAGCUUCCUUUGGUCUUUGGCUCCUCCAUCUUCAGCACGUGACUUCCAAGGUCAUGUGCUCAUUGCCACCUGCUUCUUAACCAGCUUGACCUGAAAGUGACACCAAGUUAUUUCUACCCAAAUUCCGCUGGUGAGAACUAAUGGCAAAUCCCCACCUAAAUGGAUCAGAAUGAGAAUGUAUAGUCCUUGCCUGGGCAGCUGCUGUCCAGUGACACCUCUAUAUUGUGGAAAGGGGAGCAAGAAUUAUUUGGUAGACAUUAGCUGUCUUUGCCACACUGUGCUGCUGUUUUUUUAAAUUAUUAUCUGGCUCCUACCACCACAGCGCUGUCUUAUUACUCUUGAAGGCAUUGGCAGAUAACAGACACAACUUAGGGCAAUGAGGUAACCAAGCUCUACACCCCCUGUUUGACCUGAUUUUGUUUCCCUGCUUCCUUCUCACUUUUAUGGGGUUAUCUUCAGUCUUGCUAGACCUGCUUCUUCUUCUUAGUCUUUGACCAUCUCUUUAUUUCCCUGAUAGAGCUACAUGAGUCAUAAAAUGCACAUAGUAUUGGAGCUUGCUGAUCAGUAUGGCAUUAUUAUUGGGACAACAUGAAUGGGCAGCCUUUUUUUUUUUUUUUAAGGGACUAAAACUUAAAAUAGGGAUAUCAGGCAGCAAAGACCAGAGCUGAUUCUUGGCGUGCUCGCAAAGGUAUUGAAACCAUUUUCCUGGAAUAAUCUUAUAGAACAUUAGACUGUUUAAACAAAUGACUCGUUACCUAAUACCUUGACUAAACAUACCGAUUUUCCUGGCAUUUAUCCUACCUAUAAUUGCUUUUUUUUUUUUUUAAUUGCUUACUACCAAGCGGUGUCCUCUUUUUCAGUCAAAAAGGAUAUUUGCUUGUUUUCUUCCCAGACUGUACGUGUGUUUUAUGUAGUACUCUCUCAGGUGAAGGGAACACAAGAGGGCCAUAAGUAAUAAAAGUGAGGUAAGUGAGAAGAACAAAGAAACCCUUUUCUUCUAACUAUGCACAUUUUACCUUUCUGAAAACUUUACCAUUUAAUUAUUUUCAAGAUGUCUCAUACUGAGAAGUAAAGCAGAUACAAAGGUCCCGUAUGUUUUGUCUUAUUAAGGAAUAAGAAUAACCAGUGAUAAAUACCAUCCUAACUCACGACCAUCAAGUCGAUUUUGACUCAUAGCGACCCUCUACGUGUAAAAGAAAAAAAAUCAUUUUAUACCUUAGUAUUAGCAUGGGUCAGGCUGUCUUCUGCUUCACAAGUUUAUUUUUGUAAAAUAUCUUGCAAUAUUUUUGGAAAUUCAAAUUUAAAUGUUAAGAUGUUGAUUCCGCUAAAUACCCUUGCCGAUACAACACCUAGCUGAUUCUUGAUAUUCUAUUAAAAACAAAAACGAAACCAAAUCUGUUGCCAUCAAGUUGACUCCCACUUUUGGUGACCCCACGUGCUACAGAGUAGAGCUGCUCCAUAGGGUUUUCUUGGCUGUAAUCUUUACAGAAGCAGAUUGCCAGGCCUUUUCUCUGAUAUCACUGUGUUUGAACCUUCAACCUUUAGGUUAGUCGUCACGUGCAAACUGUUUGCACCACCCAGGGACCUUGACAUUCCAUGCUGUUAUUGUUGUUAGGUGCCAUUGAGUCAGCUCUGACUCAUAGUGACCCUAUAGGACAGAGUAGAACUGCCCCACAGGGUCUCCAAGGUUGUAGUCUUUACAGGAGCAGAUCACCAGGUCUUUUGUGGAGCGAUUGGUGGGUUCGAACAGCCAACCUUUCAGCUAGCAGCCAAGUGCUUAACCAUUACACUACCAGGGCUCCUCAAUAUUCCAUAAUAGGAAAGAAAUAAUGAUGUUAAUCUCCAAUUUGUUAUGGACCCAUUCACUGAGGUGUGGAAUCCAGUGAUGCCCUGUUCUAACGUUCUGUAAAAGAGCAGGGAAUAGAGAAUCCCCGUUCCUUAUUGGCCUAAGGCACUGUGGUAGGGAUGGAGGCUCAAAGUCCUGGGUACUGGAGCUGGGGCACUGGAGAGAGAGAGCUCAAGGGGUGGUGAUGGGUGGUGGACAUCAACACAGGAAUUGAAAGGCAGACCAAGUUGCAUGUCUGGCUGUGCCACCUCGUAGCUAUGGGAUCUUUGGCAAGUUACUCAACUCUUUGAACUUCAGUCACCCUGUGCGUGUAAUGAAGAUAAUAAAUUGGUACUUACUUCACAGCAUUGUGGGGGAGGAUAAUGAGAUAAUGAUUAUAAACUGCCUAAUUUUUUUUUUUUUUAACCAGUUCAUGGAGCCUGGGAAUGCACAGUGCAUGGAAAACAAUUUUAUUAUCAUUUUAUUACUACAGAAGGUGUACAAUUGAUAGUAUCGUGUAAACUUGCACCCUGGAGGAAUGGGGAAUUGUCCAAAAAAGCAGGAAAUCAGAGAGAGAGAGAGAGACCCAAAGACAGUCUUCAGAUUUACUUCAUGAUCUUAUGUUACUACUCUUUUUAAAAAAAUUUUUUGGUUAUUCUUUAUUUAACUUUAAAUUAUUAUUGUUAUGUGUCUGUUGGUAGUAAUCUCUGUUUUACAGAUGACCUAGCUUUUUUCAGCCUCAGAGAGGUGUUCCAUGGUUAAUUGUCAAAGUUAACGAACCCUUGGGAUUGGUGGAAAUGAGAAUAAUAGAUGUUCGGUUACCUGCUUGGGAUUCCAGCCUCUUAAACACAAAUUUGACUCCCUUACUUGUAUGAUUCUGGUGUGUAAACAGACUGUCUUACUUCCUUUUUUCAUAGAAGCCACUCUCCUCCCUUCUUCUUUUUGAUUUUUUACUGGCGCUAUUCAGACAUCUAUCCCUUAAAGAUCAAUAUAUAUAUUUUCCCCUGCUUCUUUUUCUGCCUGGCUUCACAAUAUCCUUCAUUAAGAAAUCCUGCCCUGACUAAUUAGGAUUGAGGUCAAAACUCUCCCUGGUUCUGGCCAACUAAAACAUACCACUUCAAUGACAGUUUCUCUCACCUCAUUGUUCCUGGGAAAUAUUACACCCUUUGUCUAUACUGGAGCCCUGGUGGCACAGUGGUUAAGAGCUAUGGCUGCUAACCAAAAGGUUGCCAGUUCGAAUCAUCAGCUCCUCCUUGGAAACCCCAUGGGGCGGUUCUCCUCUGUCCUGUAGGGACAUUAUGGGUCAGAAUCGACUCGAUGGCCACAUUUUUUGUUUUUCUUUUUUGGUCCAUGUUAGUCACUUGUUGUUGUGUGCCAUCAAGUUGAUUUCACCUCAUGCCUUACAGGGCAGAGUAGAACUGCCUCAUAGGGUUUCCUAGGCUAUAAUCUUAAUGGAGUAGAUUGCCAGGUCUUUAUACCUGAGGAGCUACUGGUGGGUUUGAACCGCCAACCUAUUAGUUAGCAGCCAAGAGCUUAACCACUGCGCAACCAGGGCUCUUGAUAUUAGUCACUUAGUAUAUGUAUUCUUUCCCUGUUCAGUGUCCAAACCUCGUAUUUGUCAUGGAGGCGACUAUUUCUGGGCUAGAUUUUAAGUUCCAAGAGGGCAGGGACUGUGUUUUAAACAAGUGUAGCAUAGUCUAGAAGGGAUGCACACCGGGUAGGUGCUGAGUAAUGCUUUCCUGCUGUUUGGAUCAGCCACACGUAGGCUGUUCUCAUAUAAUUAGGAUGAAUCUAAUUUUAAAAUGAACAACCGUGUGUCCUCAGAUGAACCAGGAUAUACACUUACAGGGCCCGGCUGUCCUGCAUUAUAAAUAAGGGAAUAGGUUGUCCUGCAGAAAAGCUCUGCUGUUCUUUUCUUUUUUUAAAAUAAAUAAACAAGAAGAGCCAUCCACACAUAAGACCUGAGACAGAAGGUCUUCCCGUCUUCUCAGCUAGGUUGGCAAGAAAUCAAGGCCCCAAAGUUCAAUGUUCUCUGCAAAGAUGAAACCCAGCAAAAAUCCAGAAUCCGAGAAGAGUGUUUUCUGAUGAAGUGUAAAGAAAAUUCUUUAAUAAUAAUAAAUUAAAAAAAAAAAACCCAAACCCAGUGCAGUCAAGUUGAUUCCGACUCAUAGCGAGUCUAUAGGACAUACACAACUGCCUCAUAGGGUUUCCAAGGAGCAGCUGGUGGAUUUGAACUGCUAACCUUUUGGUUAGCAGCCCAAUGCUUAACCACUGCUACCACCAGGGCUCCUUCUUAAGAAUAACCCAAGAAUAGCUAACUGGAAACAGACCCCAAGCUUGGAACCUUGUUUUUCAACACGGAUAAUGGCAAAGACUUACUUAGGUGUUGGGUUCCAGUUUCUGUGGGGACAGUCUCCUGAGAUUGUUUGCCAAGUAUCCACUCACAGGCUUUCCUGAAUUUUCUUUUCAUUCCUGUGAGGAGCCCCUUGGAUAAGAUACCUCCCGUGGCAGCUUUCACCACUGGUGGCUUUUUGUAGGCUUUUUUUUUUUUUUCUCUCUGAAGAUUUUUAGUGUCUCAGAAUUACCAUUGUGGGAAGAUGAGUGAUUUAAUGUUGCCUCGAGGGGGGGUCUUACAACUCAUUUCUGUUCUUUGUCUAGAAGCAUUUUGAAAUAACUGUUUCAUUUUUGCUGUUUUGUGGCUUUAAAUCCCCACUGGUAAUUCAUUAAAUUUUAAUUUGAACCAUGUCAAUUGUUGUUUUUCAUCUUUGCCUCUUCCCAGCACCAGACUAAGACCCCCUUCUAUGAGUCAAAUGUUGUUGCUUAUGAGAGUUCUUCUAGAAGUUUGGCUUUCCGGAAAACUCCAUCACCAUCAAGUCAGUCUUGACUCAUAGCAACCCUGUAGGGCAGAGUAGAACUGCCCCAUAGUAUUUCUAAGGCUAUAAAUCUUUACAGAAGCAGACUGCCACAUCUUUCUCCCAUGGGGCACCUGGUGAGUUCAAACCACUGACCUUUAGGUUCGUAGCCGAGCGCUUUAACCACUGUGCCACCAAGGCUCCUUGAAGUUUGGCUUUAGGCUCAUUUAAAACUAAUAGGGAUUAUAUUUGCAUUCCCCGAGCCACUUAAUCCCUGUCAUCCUUAAGCAAAAGGUGUGUUUUUGCUUCUUCUCUCAAUGGUAGAGAAAGGUAUGUGCUUGAAGUUGUGUUUCGGAUGGUCUGAAAGAAGUGGGACCGGAGCCUGCUUCUCAGAGAAGCCCCUGAGGAUUCCGUGCUCAGGAUAUUGGAAAAACUGGCCUGUCUCUAGUAACCACGGGAUCCCUCCUACGAGAGGGAUACUAUGAACCCAGAGAGUUGUUGCACCAGAGGACCUCAGGGUCAAGUGGCUCCCAGCCCAACAUUUCUUCAGAAUACUUGCUGUCAUGGUCUGUGUUCCCCAGGUGCAGAUACUGAGAUGAACGCUGAAGUGCAAGUUAUUCUUUUGGGAGGUGGAGUCAACACCAGUAAGGGAGAGGGAACAUGAGCCAGAGAAGGAAUGGCAGCUAAUAAAGGCAGCUAGCAGUGUGGGCAGCUGGAGUUGAGGCACAUUGGGGAACUCUGGGAGAUGGCACGGAACAUGUGCCUUAUAGUUAUCCCACCUGAGAGGCAAGGCAGCUGGGUAGUGAUUCACUAAAACAAGCUGGGCGUUGGCUGCGAGUUCCAGAGGUGGAUGAUUCCCUGGCAUUUCUGGGCUGUCACUUGGGCAGCCAAGAGUAAACCUGUGGGGAAAGGAUACAGAUGUUGGGAGAAGACAAGCUGGUGGGCACUGAAGUGAUGCCCACAGGGAUAUGGUCAGGGCACUGCCAACAUUUGCUACACUUUCGCCUUUCUUGUCAUUGGCAUAUUGGCAUGCAAUGUGGCCUAUAACCACCCUUCCACCAGAGACUCUGUAGCCACCUUUGGACUUUAGCUUGGUUCUCACCAGGUGCCAAAAAAUCAGUUGCUGUAAGUCGAUUCUGAUUCAUUGUGACCUCAUGUGUGUCAGAGAAGAAAGGGGUUCCAUAGGGUUUUCAGUGGCUAAUUUUUCCCAAGUAGAUUGCCAGGCCUUUCUUCCAUGGCACCUCUGGGUGGAUUCAAACCUCCAACCUUCUGGAUAGCAACUGAGCAUGUAACCAUUUGUGCCAUCCAGGGAUGUCGGUAUACAGUAAACUAAUUUAAUAUAUUAUUUUAAAAAUUGUGCUUAUCCAUUUAUUCUUUUGUCAUACAUGGGCCCAGCACCAAAUGUGUGCCAGGGGUAUGCUUGGCAUAAGAGACACAGUGGUUCACGACCUGCUCUCUAUCCCUCCAACAUGAAAAUGUUAGAGCCAGCCUCAUCAAAACUAUAUGCCCCAGAUUCAGGAGGCUGAAAAUACAGAAACCCAAUAUUGUACCAGGGACAGUUACAGCUCCUGGCCCAGUAUUUCCUAGUUUGGGAAUUCUUACACUAUAGUUUGGAAUUAGGAAAUCAUGCUUUGCCUUAUAGGAUUAACCUCCGUCACAUUCAGGAGGACUUUAUGAGCACAGUCUGCCUUGACAGGCGAGUUUCACGGUUUAAUAAGUUGCUUAAAUGAAAUGUUCGUACAUAUUUCACACUGUUGUUUGUUGGCAAUGUCUUUUGCUGGUUUUAUAUAACCCAUGCCUGCUUUGCCCAUUCUAGCACUUGUCCACGUUUUUAAGUAAUCCAUGCCAGAGCUGCUUCCAGGCGAUCUGAAGCAGAGUUGGGUUGCCUGUACUUUUUUGGCUGAGGGUGGGUGGUGAGAAAGGAAGUAGGGUAAAGAUCACCGAGGAAAGGAUUCUGAAGGCACCGAUGUCACUGGGAGAACCACCGAAGGAUGAGGCCUUCUUUCGUGGCAGUCAAUGUGCUAUGUGUAUGCAGGGGAAAUGCUCGGAGAGGCUGAGCCCCAGCGUAGAGGGGGUGAGGCCUUUUGUUUUGGCGGCAUUAGUGGUUAGUGUUUUGUUCUCAGGCAGUUACUUUCAUUCCUCACAGUCUUCUCAGACUGACUUCUACACCUUGACUUCUCAGCGGGUCCUCCCUGGACCAACAGCAUCCACCCCAAGAAAGCUUGUUAAGAAUGCAAACCCUCAGGCCCCAGCACAGACCCGGUGUACCAGCUGCUUUAUAACAAGGUCCCCAGGUGAUUCAAAUGCACACUGAAGUUUGAGAAGCACUUUUGCUUGACUUCUGCUUUUCUUCUUCUAAUUAAGUAAAAAUAUGCGGAAUCCAAAAGAAUAAGAGAGUUAGUGAGGUAUUGGCUAACCGCCUGACACCUAGAUUACUUUUUUUUUUUUUUAUUUUCAGAUUUGGUUAUCAACCCAUUAGUAGGUUGUGAGAUCAAGGUUAUGCAACUUUUAAGUGAAAAAAAAAAAAACUAGAAAGUAGCAGAGUUUAUCAUAUAUUUUGGAAACAUUUGUUUCAAAAAAAAGUACGUGCGCGCGCGCACACACACACACACACACCCCUUUAUAUGAUGUCCUGGAUCCUGGUGUGAAAUGAAAUUCUGAGGGGGGUUACAGUAAAAAGAAGUUUGAAAACCACUGGCAUGAAGACUUAAUGUAUCUCAUUUUAUAUAUUGAUGGGUGUUUAAAAAAAUAGAAAAGAUCAAAUGCAUGCAUUUGAUGUAGGUUGACCAUUUAACUCUCACCAGUGAUGAUGAUAAUAUUAUUUAGAAAUUUUACUUAUUCGGGAAUCGGAAUUGAAAUUUCAGUUCCGAUUCCUCAAUAAGAUGUCCAAAUAGACGGUAUGAAUGUUAAAAUCACCUUUUCUACUGCAAGGCAAUAAAAAUUUCAAUUUUUCACUCCAUUUCAGAAAACAAUGCUUUAUGAGAGAACAUCUCAAAAUCUUGAAAAUGAUACCUUUCAAGAUAAACUCAUCUUAAGUAAGAAAGAAAACACAACCAAACAAAACUCACUGUAGGAUGACCAAAGGAUAUCCAUUAACUUGAAGGGAAUAAAAUUUUUGAACUCAGAAGAAAUCCCCCAGGUUAUGGGAGAAGCAAAACCAAACUAAACCCAUUGGUGGAGUUGAUUCUGACUCAUAGAGACCCUACAGGAGAGAGUAGAACUGCCUCAUAGUGUUUGCAAAGAGCAGUUCGUGGAUUUGAACUGCUGACCUUUUGGUUAGCAGUUGAGCUCUUAACCACUGUGCCACCAGGGCUCCGUGAGACAUACAGGGUGUCCCAAAAGUCGUGGUGCAGUUUUAAGUUGUAAUAACUGCAGACGCAUAAAUGCUAAAAACGUACCAAAAAUUACUUGGAAGUUUGAUCUUCAGCACUUUUUUAGUUUUAUGAUAUUUUGAAAACUAAUUAAAAAAAAAAUUUUUUACUUCUCUGUUUCAGUUCCUCUGGUUGGAGAUGGCAAACACUGAAACAAUACAUUAAAAUUAAAAAACCGAUUAUUUCAAAAUCAUAAAAUGAAAGGAGUAUUAAAGAAAUUUAGAUCGUGAAACUUUACCGACAAUGUUCUUUUGUUAAGUUUGUGGUCGCAGCAAUCCCGCUGAAGUUAUUAAACACCCAGUAGCAAGAAGAGAAAAGAAGUCGCUCUCCAAGCCCCAGUCUGUCUGAAGAUGAGACGCUGAGAAACCUCGAGAGUCAGAUUUCACCACGUGUGGGAAAGAACUGGUCUGGGGGAGUGAAGCCGAGGUGCUUUGUCAAGGAGGGCGCUAAUGCCAGGAUGAGACAUGGUUACGGGGAAGUGCUUUCAAUCUUGCUGGCAGGGUCUGUGCCAGACAAUGAGUUGUCUUUGAAAGUGCCCUUGCCCUGCUAGCAAGCGAGCAGCAGCGGGGUGAACUUGAGAGCUUAUACCGAGCUUCCAGAGUGUUCUUUCAGGCCCCUUCUUCUGGACAUCCCCUUCAUAGUCAUGGUUUCUGAUUUUGAGAUGACCGUUUACUAGAGCAUUUCCUUAGAUAGUCACAAGUGAGUUAUUUAAAACAGCAUCUUAUUAAACAUGAUUUAAAAAUAUGCUUUUAAGGAACUCUAAGCAUUUUUUCCCCUCUAGAAUUAAUGUAUUAAUUAUAUGGAAUAUUUACUUUGUUAAAAAAAAAUGUUGGUAUCCUCAUUUCUAAAGUAAGUUGUGUUUUGGGGGAAAUUAAAAAAAAAAAAAAACUACAUGCUAUAAAAGAUAGAACUAGCAUUCCCUCUCAGGUGUCACUGUUAUAGUAUGUAGGUUUGUUCUUUUUUGUAUUUGCCUUUAACGAUCCUGGAGCCCUGGUUGUGCAGUGGUUAAGAGUUAGGCUGCUAACUGAAAGGUCGGCAGUUCGAAUCCACCAGCAGCUCCUUGGAAACCUUAUGGGGCAGUUCUGCUCUGUCCAGUAGGGUCACUACGAGUUGGAAUCGACUUGAUGGCAACGGGUUUGGCUUUUUGGUUUUUAACUAGCCAGUUUCUAUGUUUCAGAGCUAAUCAGUAAUGGUGCCAUCUUUUUCCUAGUGUUCAUCCCUUUGAGAAUCUCUAUAAAUUUGAAUUAAAUUUUAUAUAAUGUAAUUUUAACAUAUUGAGUGUAUACAACUUGAAUAUAUAUUGAAUAUGCAUUAACAUGGAUAAUUUGAAAAUAAACAUGAGAAGGGAUAUUGAAGAGGUGGUACCUAUUAUAAAAGGCAGCACUUAUAACACAUUUUGCAUUUAUUUAUGUCUAAAUGGAGUAUGUUACAGUUCCUCAAUAUUAUGACUUGACCAUUUUUCAGUGUUUUCAAAAAUCGUGUUUUUAUUUUACCAGUUCUCACAAUAUCAACUUGUAGUUAUUCAUAUUUGUCAUCAUGUAUUUGUAUCAUGUUUUCCUUGUUUGAAAGAAAAAAUCCCGAACUUUCUGUUUCAGGCUCUCACUUCGUGUUACACAAUGGUUACAGUUGUGUGCAUUAGCACCGUUGCCCUCAAGGCUAAUGAUAACAUAACGAAUGUUGAGGCCUGUGCCAAGUAGAACAUUUUGUUUUCAGACCAUUAGCUAUAGAAAACCACACGUUAGUGGUUUCCCUUUGUGAUUUAUCAUAAAUGUUAUGUUCUUUCAAUUAAAAAGUGUAGUUCAUUGUGUUCAGUCAUUCUUCUAUCUGCAGUAUAUUGGAGAGAUUUCAUAGAUAUAAUGUUCAAAUUAGGAAGAAAAGCAAAUGUUUCAACAUUCACCAGUCUUAUUCAAGUCUACAUGGGUGAAUCAGCUGUGCCCAUCUUUAAAUAUUUGAGGCCUGAACUUCUUCCUAUAACUCCAAUUCUACAGUUGCCCAUACAUAGUAUGCAUGGACCUCACCAGCCUUAUGAUCCAUCAAGUGACUGAGAGAUUUUUUAAAGGAAGUAUCAAAGACAGAAUUCUGGCUGGAAGGGUUGAGCAUGUUUGUUAUUGUAACAUUUUUCUUCUUCCUCCAUAAAAAGCCUGAACCAAAAGAGUAGCCAUUAAUUCUACAAAUUCUGGUAGAUCUAUUACAAAACUUAUAAUGUCAAAUCAUUUUGUGCCAGCCCUGUUGGGUUUUUGGAGCUUGAGGGUUGAUGUGUUUGAGAAGUAUUGUAUUGUAAGCAGCUCAUAAUUCCUUGUUGUUGUUGUUAGGUGCCGUUGAGUCAGUUCCAACUCAAAAACCCUGUGUACAACAGAACGAAACACUGCCCGGUCCUGCGCCAUCCUCAAAAUCAUUGCUGUUUGAGCCCAUUGUUGCAGCCACUGUGUCAAUCCAUCUCAUCGAGGGUCUUCCUCUUCUUUGCUGACCCUCUCCCGUGAGUGUUUGCAGCUGUUUCUUCUCAUUUUGAGUUGUGCCACAUCAGGAAAUGAAGGUCCUGAAAGCUUGACUUCCUCUACGUCAUUAAAGUCAACUCCAUUUUGAGGAGACAGCUCUUCUCCAGUUGUCUUUUGAAUGCCUUCCAACCGGAGGGCCUCAUCUUCUGGCACUAUAUCAGAUAGUGUUCUGCUGCUAUUCAUAAGGUUUCCAUUAGUCACUUUUUUCAGAAGUAGACCGCCAGGUCCUUCUUCUUAGUCUAUCUUAGUCUGGAAGCUCUGCUGAAACCUGUCCACCAAGGGUGACCCUGCUUGUGUUUGAAAUACUGGUGGCAUAGAUUCCAGUAUCACAGCAACACGCAAGCCACCACAAUACGACAACUGACAGACAUGUGAUAAUUGCUUACAUUACAUUAGGUGACUAUAUGGUCCUCAGGAAUUACAGACUUGAAGAAAGAAACCUUUUGUAUUGUUAGUUUUGGCAUUUGUUUCAGGGAGAGAUGAAUCACGUUCUGCUACAAGUCCAGGGCUUGACUUUGCCAAGACUGGCGGAGACAGCAGAAGGAGACAAUUGCCUUUGUGUUCAAGCCCCUUGAACUGCUGACUUUCCUUUUUAGGGACUGGUAGUCUCCAGGACAAAAUGAGUGCGUUCAGAUAUUUCUGCAUAAGUUGGGGGACUUUUGUGAAAGGGACAAUGUGCUACAACCCUGCAGAUGUUUUGAAAUGCUGCCAUUUAGCUAUCUGGGGUAAUUUGACCAUCAGUAAUUGAAAAUUUUAGUAUUCUCUGAAAUGAAGGGUGAGUGAACAGAGUCUCAAAAAGCCACUGAACUUCUUUAUUUGUCCUACCAUGUGUAGGCACAGUAGGUUUAUAUAAUGUAAUGGGCAAAGCAUGAGCCUUGAUGGACAGACUGGAAUAUAAAUGUUGGUGUCGCCAUUAACUAGCUGGUAUGACCUUGGAAAAGUUCUCUGAGUUUCAAUUUCCAAUUCUGUAAAAAAUGAUAGUAAUUUUGCCUACCAUGUAGGACCAAGGUGAAGAGUAGAAAUAACUAGAAAAGAAGUGAUUAGUAUAAAAUUAAAGAACUGGUCUUAGUAGAGCUAUGCCUUGAGUCUGAAGAUUCUGAGGGUCUUCCUGGUUUCCAGGUCGUUUUUUUCCUGGCUGGGGGAGGGGGAGGAGGAGAAAGGGAAGAGCAAAGUGAAACUUACUAAGAAUAUCUACAUGGUAGAAUAUCCAUAGCUUCUCUGAUCAUAAGGUUUUUUUGCUGGUUUUACAAUUUGGCCCAGGGCUAAGGUGGUAAGAAUUUUACUGUCAUCUGCUGAAGUGUUGUGGCAAUUUUUGGGUCCCGUUCAGACAGGACAGAAGUCCAAGGGAUGAGGAGAAUUCUGGAAACCAGGCAGUAUUAAGGACUAUUGAGGAAUGAGAAGCAUAUGGUGUAGAACACAACUUCAGAGAUGGAGUAGCUGCCUUCAGUCCCUUGAGAGAUUAGCAUGUUGAAGAGUCCUGGUUAAGAGCAUGUACAUUGGAGCCAGAUAAACCUGGAUUUGAUUCAUAGUUCUACCACCCUUUUAUAUAUUUAAAAAACACUUCUGCAGGGCUUACUAAGUACCAGGCACUAUUUGAAAUACCUUGCACCUACUAACUUAUUUAAUUCUCAUAACAAACUUAUAAAGUAGGUUCAGAGAGGUUGUGAAUAGCAUCUACACUUUGAGGAGGCGCUAACAGACUAAUUGAUAUUCUGAGGACUAACAUUCUGAUUUUAAAAUCCUGUGACCAUGUAAAACAUUGAUCUCAGUUACUUGAAGUCAAACUCUUCAUCAGAUUGUUGUCUCGUAUCCGCUUUGCUUACUUGAAGCUUUAAGCAGAUUCGAAAAGAGCCUGCCUGUCACAGUUAUUAAAAAAAAAAAAAAAAAAACACCCGUAGUCAUUGGUUCGAUUCCAACUCAUAGCGACCCUGUAGGACAGAGUAGAACUACCCUGUAGGGUUUCCAAGGAGUGGCUGGUGAAUUUGAACUGCUCACCUUUUGAUUAGCAGCCAUUGCUCUUAACCACUGCGCCACCAGAGUUAAGGCGGAUAUAAAAAUGAAUCAUCCAAACUGUUUUACAUUCUUUAUGCAUGCCUCACCCUUCACCAGCACAGACACCUGUUCACAGUUGGUGGCUCUUCAACACUCCUCUAAAUAAGUUAAUAAAAUGUAUUCUUAUAUCCAGGAGAUAUUUCUUGUCUGAUUUUCUUACAACUUCGGUUUUGCUUGGUAACAAUGUGUUUUGACUUUUGCGUGUAUCUGACACCAUCAUAUUUUAAAGCAACAGUGAUCAUUUUCAGAGCUAUUUCGUUAGGCUCCUAAGAAGUAGGCUGAAUGCUUGUCCUGGUUUACAUAUUUAUAAUAAGGGAAACAAGACAACAGAUGGAAAACACUUGCCUAGGGUCUACCGGUUUGUUAGGGAGUUGAUGGCGCCAACAUAUUGAUCUACCAAGUAAAAGGUAAAGUUGAGAAAAUCUCCCAGAAAGUAGAGGAAAAAAAUGGAGGUGGUAAAUAGGAGAAAAAAGACAAGAUAAUUAAAGGGUAAAUUCACAUGGUUCAACAUCUUAAUACGAAAACAAUUGGAAAUAGAGAACAGAAAAAAAAAUGGGAGAAUGGAGCUCAUUAACAAAAUAAUUCAGAAGGAUAUACCUGUGUGGUCGACGUAAAGGAAAAAUGAGCUAAUUCCUCAUUUUCCAUAGUGGAGUAUAUAAAAAAAUAUACUGCCUAAAAUGGAAAUGCAACAUAAAACAAUCAUGUUUUUAUGCACAUGGACAUAAAUUCAUUUUCCUCACAACUAAAUAAAAGAACUUAAAGUGAUUGUCUCUAGGGAGGAGGAAAUGGGUAGGAGGGGGAUAGGAGAGGGCAGUUUUUCGUAACAAAUCUUAUAAAACUCUUUGACAGUUUAAAUUUUGCGUGUGUAUAAAUUUGAUUAAAGUUAAAAAAAAGUUAAAAGCAAGUUUAUUUUUAAAAGUCUAAUGAAACAGCACACAAGAUAUAGAUGAGGGAAAAAAAAAUACAGAACUCAAAAACAGUACUGAGGAAAUCAUCUAGGAUGCGAAGGUUCAGAUUAAAGGAAAGCUUUAAGUUCUGUGCAGGAUAAAUAAAAACAAACCCAUACGUAAAUUCACUAUGUUGAGGAUGUGGAAAUGUAAAGGAAAAAGUCUCCAACACUGUCUGAGAGGGGUGAGGAUGGAGAUAGGCCCAAAUCUGGAAAGAAAUCAUAAUUAAAGAGCUAGGUUAUUUCUCAUUAACAACGGCAGAUGCUAGAUCCCAAUGGAAUGCGAUUUUCAAAAUGCUGAGCAAAAGUUUCAACCUAUAAUUCUUAUCUGGCUCAAGUAUAAUUCAGACCUGAGGGUGAAAUAAAAACCUGUUCAGAUUGAUAAGACUGAGCUAAGUUCACAGACCCUUGCUGAAAGAACUACUAAAUGAUAUACUCGAAUGGGAAGAGAAUUGAACAGAGAAAGGUGUGAGAUGCAGGAAACAAGAGUGAGUAAAGAAACUCGCAAACCUAAAGGUAUAUCUAAAUAAGCAGCAUUGGUAAUACAACAGCAAUAAUAGUAACUAUUUUGAAGGGUGUUUGUUAAAAAUAAUGGAGAACUAAACUACUAUACCGUAAUAGCAUGGAGGGGAGGGAGAUGGAAGUCAUUUCUUGCACAGUCUUUGUAUUACUUUAGAGAAGGAGCGAUAAAAUGGUUUUCUUUAGAAUUUGAUUGAUAUACAAAUUUACAGUAACCUCUACAGAAAUAGAAUGUUUGACUUCCAAGACAGUGAAGGGAAAUAAAGAAAAUUCAAUUAAUCGAUUUAAUAAGAUGACAGCAAAGAAGAAAAAAUAUGACAAAUACAAAAAAAAAGAAUGGAAGUAAAUCCAAAUAUAUAUUUCAUCACAAUAAAGGUAAAUGAACAAAACUCUUCAGUUAGAAGACAAAGAAAUUUCCAUAUUGCAUAAAAAUAUGAAAUCCAGUUACAUACUGUUUACAAGAGUCAUACCUAAAACAUAGUGACUCAAAAAAUUAAAGUAUUGGCAUGGGAAUAAAUAUGUCAGGUAAACACUAAUUAGAAUAAAACCAAAGCAGCAAUAGUAGAUUAGACAAAAUAUGAUAUUUAGGCAAUAUUAAUAUCACUAUUGAUUAUUUAUGCAGAAACUUAAUGACCUAGAUUUAUCUUUAUCUAUGCAUUUUUUUUUUUUUUUUUAUGCAUUCAGGUUGAAAUGCACCAUACAUCUACUCUUCACUUAUUGGCUGUCUUGUUAUCUGAUAUUUUGCAUGAUGACAAUAAAAAAAAUAUUAUCUAUUUUGCACAUUAACCACGUACAUCUGGCAGUAAUGAAUGCUGAGGUGCGAGGCAAGAGUAAUGCUGGCUGUAAUAGUUAAGGUUAUGUGUCACUUGGCUGGACAGUGAUUCUCAGUGGUUUGGCAGUUAUGUAAUGAUGUAGUCAUCCUCCAUUUUGUGAUCUGAUAUGAUUAUUUUCCAUUUUGACAUAAUGCUGGUUUUCACACAGUGAUCUGGUCUUUGGAACCUAGCCAUGUCAGUAAGUGAGGAGUGAAUGUUUUGAGGUGUCAGUAACUCUUUCAUGAAGAAUAGCGUUUAACAGAUUACUGCAUCAGUAUUCUAAGUGACCUAAAUGAGUAAUUUUGCACUCAUAGAUGUUAAUUAAUUCCUUACAGAAUAGUUGGCCAUGCUUGUUGACCGAGAGCUUCCAAGUCUGUCUUCCUAAUUCCUGGGAAGUAGUUUGUCCACCAUGAGACUUUAGGUCCAAACCCAGUAGACUCGUGAAGCAAUUGUCUAAUCACAAUGAAAAUUCCCCAAGAAACAUUUUAUAUUUUUAAACUUGCUUCAUGUGGAAGUAACAUAAUUACCUGUACCUUUAAAAAUACAUAUAUCAGCAGAGUCUUUAAAAGAUGAUUAUCAUAUUUAGAAAGGAGAUGGUGUGUAGAGAGACCUUCUCUUCUUCCCACCCCCUAACUUUUUUUCUAGGAACAAAGCUAUGUAGAAAUCUUAAUCCAUUAACAUUCUGUUAAGGUUUUGGAUACUUCUUUCCUUCUUAACUGGCCCUCACUGCAGGAAACAGUACCAUGUUCUUACUAAUCAGGCCAAACCAAUCUCUUUUCUUGUCAAUAGCAGGAUCCAAAUAGAUACUGUAGGAUGGGCUCCCCUCUGGCUAGGAGAGAAGCCAAGUUGUGUAACCCUACAGCAGUGACUGGCACGAGGUUACAUGGCGUGGGUGGAAAAUCAUUCUUAUUCAUACAGAGAAGCAGAUCAGCUUUUGGGGACUAGUCCAUGCAGUUGGGUGCCUUGCCCAGAAGGGGUGGGGCUGGUAGCCUGAGAAACUGGGUAUUUUUCCCAGGCUUCUGGGUCACUGCUGUUGUCUUUCAAUGCUGUUUAAAAAGCACCUCGAGGAAACUUCUCAUUGGCAGUGGAAGAGCUCACUAGUUCCAGGGGAAGAAUCUGGGUGGGAGCAAAGGGAGAAUUUUCUCCCCCCUUUGCAGGGCUCAUGGAAAGUGGGAUUUAGUGCAUCCAUUUGUUUAAGACAUGUUCUCUUUGGAUUUUGAGGCUUCAAAAUCUUGCUUUCCUUAGCACUUGUUACCAUAAACCAGUUUUAAUCACAUAGGUAUUUACCUAUUAUUUAAUAGUUUGGACCAGGGUUUAGACCUUGGCAAUGCGGCAAGUGAUAGUUCCAACUUAAUUCAAAGAACUUCAAGUCUGUGGAUUUUCUUAAGAAAAUCAUCUUCUCAGAAUUUCAGAAUUAUGACUAUCAAUUGUGUGAUUUUUUAAAAAAAUUGAUUUGUUUAGGUAAAAUAAAAUAUUAACUAAAAGUAUGAUGUAUGCCAAAUUGUAUAGUUUAUUUGUAAGCCCAUAUUUACAUUGGACCCCCCACCCAUUUCAAGUGACUUUUUCAUUCUAUUCUUUUUAACUAUUAAAGUAAUAACACCCUUAUUAGUUAAAAAAAGAAGGAAAAAAAGCCAACAAUACUGAAAAGAAAAGGACCUCACCCCAGUGUCACUCUUGUGGCACCACUUCCUGUUUCUGGACUAGCUUGAAAAAAAGAAAGUUUUCCACAACAUGUGGUCAUAACAUCUGGAACUCUAGAAUGUCAGAGAGGGAAGAGACAUAGAGAUAAUUUUUCCAAAACUUCUCAAUUCUAAGGAGCAAUAUUUUGCCCAAAAGAGGAAAGAUAACUUUGCUGAGGUUAUCAUUUAAAUAUGCCCAGGUCUUGGCCUUGAACCCAAGUCCUCACCAUCUAGUACCCUUUCCAGGAUAUCACACUGCUACUAAGUUUUAUGUUCUUAAUACCUUUCAUUGUUAUUCUGGAGCCCUAGUAACAUAGUGGUUAAGAGCUCGGCCGCUGACUCAAAGGUUAGCAGUUCAAAUCUGCCAUCUUCUCCUUGGAAACCCUUUGGGGCAGUUCUGGUCUGUCCUAUAGGGUCACUAUGGGUUGGAACCAACUUGAUGGCAAAGGGUAUUGUUAUUCUGAUCACAAAAGUAAUAAAUGUUCAUUAUAGAAAUUCAACAAUUAUCUCACCAUCCACCAUUAAAAGGUUGAUGUAUGUCAUGGAUUGAAUUGUGUCCCCACAAAAUGUGUGUCAGCUUGGCUAGGCCAUGAUUCCCAGUAUUGUGUGAUUGUCCACCAUUUCAUCAUCUGAUGUGAUUUUCCAAUGUGUUGUGAAUCCUACCUCAAUGAUGUUAAUGAGAUGGGAUUAGCGGCAGUUAUGUUAAUAAGGCAGGACUCAAUCUACAAGAUUAGGUUGUGUCUUAAAAGAGAGAAGGAAGCAGAGAGACAGGGCGACCUGAUACCACCAAGAAAGCAGAGCCAGGAGUAUGCGUCCUUUGGACCCGGGGUCCUUGUGCUGAAAAGUUCCUAGAUCAGAGGAAGAUUGAUGACAAUGACCUUUCCCCAAAGCCGACACAGAGAGAAAGUCUUCCCCUGGAGCUGGCACCCUGAAUUUGGACUUCUAGCCUCCUAGACGAUGAGAGGAUAAAUUUCUCUUAGUUAAAGCCAUCCACUUAUGGUGUUUCUGUUAAAGCAGCCCUGGAUAGCUAAGACAAUGUAUUUUCUUCUGGCAUUUUUCUGUGCUCAUAAUUGUGCAAAAGUGGGAUUAGAUUUCACAUAGUUUUGUGGACUGCUUGUUUCACUUCACAUGUGAUGACUAUCAUUCCAUGUCAUUAAACAUUAUUCCUUAAAAUUAUUUUUAAUUUUUGCAUGCCAGUCUGUGCUACAGAGGUCCCAUAAUUUAUCUAAUAGGUCCCAGUUAGGAAGGCACCAGUUUUUCAUCAACACUAAGGAUGGUCUUGUAAACAUAGCUGAACAUAAAUUCUUGCAUAUUUUGCUUGGUGGCUGAAAACUCCUGAGUAUAGAUGUUCUGUAACUUAGGAAAUUCUUGGGAGGUCAGGGAAUCUUUAAACCCCAGAAGUUAUUUAAUUUCACUAAAUUAGACCUCCCAUAGUUAAAGUAAAUAAAAUCACACCACUUUAGGGAACGAAUCUGUUUAGCUCUAACUCGAUCAAAGAUGCCUUAACCAUUAAGUUAAGUAGCCAUAUACGUAUUUUAUUAGCCAGCUGAAAAAAAGUGUUAGAAAAAUCUACCUUAUUAGUUGGCAGGUAAAGCUUCUGUCUUCACGGUAUAUUUUAUAAUGCUAAUAAAACAAGUAAUAAGAAUAGUAAUAACUACUACUUAUUGAGAGUAUAGAGUGUGCCAGACAUGUGCAAGUUUUUAAAAGAAUAUUUCACUUAAUCCUCACAACAGCUCAGUGAGAUAGGCUCUGGUAUGAUCUUUAUAGAGAAAAGAACAGUAGCUUAGAGAGGUUAAGCAAUUUGCCUGAUGUGGCACAGCAAAUGAUGGCAGAAUCCAGACUUGAACCUAAGCCUACCUCACUCCAAAAUCCAAGACUGGUGCCAAUCUCUCCAAAGUGAUUCUGUUGACUUUUUUUUUUUUUUCUCUUGAUGAUUUAGCAGUGGUUUGUAACCUUUUGAGACCCAUGUGAGAACCUGUACCUUUGCCUUAAAGUACAUAGAAUCGUACUCUUUCUAGGCGUAUUGGGAGCAAAGAAAGUGGGACAGCAGAUAAGAUGUUAGGCACUGUCUGAUCUAUGUGGUUUGAAAUGACUUCUGAGAAUUCAGUGGGUGAAGUUUAUUACUGUGUCCCCAAAAUGCAAAUAAAUACAUUGUCACUUAAAAAUAUUUCCAUGAUCAGUACUUACAUAAAAACCGUUGUUAUCAUCGAAUCGGUUCCUGCGAGUAUUUUUUUUCCUGGUAGAGUAUUUACAAUAUGUAAUAUAUUUGAGAAUGAAAGGCCAUGCUGAUGAACAUCUGGUGAUCUAUCUGAAAACCAUCUUUCCUGUUAUGUUACUAUUGGUUUGGAGUUUGGUCUUUGUCUGUGAACAGCACCUAAUUCCCCCAAGGCUUCAAUCACUCCUCAGUACAUUGGGUUGGGUGUUCUUUCAGGCUACUGACACACCAUUUUCUACACUUCGGGGGAAGGAGCGGGUGCCUGACUCCGUCACUUUUACCAUUUGUAAAAGGUUUGGUGGAAGAAAUUGAAACUAACAGCUAAAUUAUUAGCAGCCAAUAUAUUAACGAGUAGCCUACUGAGUGACUUGAAAUGGUUGAUAAUGUUUAACUCACUGAGAGGCAGUAAUGCCAUUGGGGCGAAGAAAGGCUCCCCCCUCCACCAGCUUUUUUAAAAAAUACCCAGUCAAUUAUUCUGAACAUAUACUACAGACCAUAAUUUUCACGUUCCGUAGGAGUUUCAGAAAUGACUUCGUAUGGUCUUUGAGUUAAAAAAAAAAACUAUUCCAUAGUCUUACUUGCUCCAGGACUAUCCAGCGCAACCAGGUCUGUAAGUUAGGGGCCUGCUAAAUCUUUCCGAAAAGAGCUUGAAAGCAAUCAGAGUUGGUGGCUUCAUCUACUCUGUCUUUUAGGAACUAAAAAUGGUGUUGAAAUGAUUUAUCUAGCAGGCAUUAUCAGCUCAUACUGUAGUUUACCCUCAAAGGGUUUUUCUCUACCUUAACCUUGCUACAUUUCUUUGUAGUUAGUUUCCAUCAAGUUGGCUCUGACUCAUGGCAACCCCAUAUACAACAGAACAAAAUGUUCCCCGGUCCUACGCCAUCUUCACAAUUGCUGAUAUGCUCCAGUCUGUUGUGACCACUGUGUAUUUUGAGUGUCUUCCAACCCUGGGGGCUCAUGUUCGAGCACUAUCUUGGACAAUAUUCUGUUGUGAUCCGUAGGGUUUUCAUUGGCCGAUUUUCAGUAGAUCAGCAGGCCUUUCUUCCUACUCUAUCUUAGUCUGGGAGCUCCACCUGUCCAUUUUGGGUGACCCUGCUGCAUUUGAAAGACUGGUGGCAUAGCUUGAAGCAUCCUAGCAACAUGCAAGCCACCACAGUACAGCAAACUGACAGGCGGAUUGUGGAUAUUCCUUUAGAACCUCACCAUUCAGAGUGUGGGCUCACCAUCGGGGCCGUGGGCAUCCCUUGGGAGCUGGUUAGAAAUGCAAAUUCUCAGGCUCCUCCCCGGACCUACUGCAUCAGAAUCUGUAUUUUAACAAGACCCUUGGUUAAUUCAUUAAUGUUUGAGGACACGGAAGCAAUUACUGAUUGUCACUAUUGUGACCCUGAAGGAGCUCUGGUGGUGCAGUGGCUAAAGCACUCAAUUACUAACUGAAAGGUGAGUGGUUCAAAUCCACCAGCCAGCAGUUCCACAGAAGAAAAAUGUGGCAGUCUGCUUCUGUAAAGAUUUACAGCCUUGGAAGCCCUGUGGGGCAGUCCUACUCUGUCCUACAGGGUCCCUAUGAGUAGGAAUUGACUCGAAGGCGGCAGGUUGGGUUUGGUUUAUUGUGACCCUGGGUGAUUCAUGUAGCUUUCAAGUGUGUGUGAUCUUUCUGUAAAGGUGAAAGUCCGCAUUUGAAAAUCUGACCUGGCCAUUUCAGAGAAGGAUUGAACUAGAAAGUGUCUUAAAAAAAAAAAAAUUGAGAGUUCUUUUUUUUCGCUGGGUAACCUGUUACUUAACUGACAUAUUGAUGUUAAAAUAGCCCUGGUUUUGUAAAAAUAAGUAAAUAAAUAAGAUGAAAGAACUACUAGAAAACACUGGUACAGAUACCAAAGAUAAACCAUUUGUAUAGAUGUUCUUUUAAACCCAUGGCUCCUUUCUUUAGGUCAUUAGCGUGUUGCCUUUAACAAGUAUAUCAAAAAAGUCCAAAUUUUCAGUCAGCUCAUGAAGAUUAUUAAAAAGGGGGGAAUUUGUGCUCUGUUUUCUUAUUUAGGAAGACGGGUUACAAUCUUAGGAAGUAGGUUUCCAGACUGGAGUCAGACUAGAAGGCUUAUUUGUCAUUUACUCAUUUUCAGCACCUUGACUGCUAACUGAAAGGUCGGGGGUUCGAAACCAGCUCGGCAGGAGAAAGAUGUGGCAGUCUACUUCCGUAGAGAUUUACAGCCUUGCAAACCCAAUGGGAUCACUAUGAGUUGGAAUCGACUCGAUGGCAGUAGAUCUGCAGUUCCCCUCCCGUUGGCCGUUCCACGUGGGUGCCAAGUUCCUCACAUGAUUUAAUGGAUAAGAAGGCAUUUAACAUGUGAACCUCAGCAUCCUCCACUGUGAAGAGAGCAUCGAAUGAAAUAACAGAUGUAAAAAGGUAAAAUCAACAAUAUGAGUUGAUGACCAGAUGUUAAAAUCAAAGCUCACUGUCUUUCCUUUUCAUGUAAGACAAUGGGUAGGUUCUCUGUAAAUGUCGAACAGAUCCUCUCUCUCACCUUCAGACAGGCUUUUUGCAUGUGCCUAAGUGACUACAUGGCCUCAAACAGUUGUAGAGCUUCACCUGCCAGCAGAGAGGAGAUGUCAGUGAAAAAAAGGAUCCAGAAUGAUUGCUAAUUUAUGACUCCCAACAGUAUGACAGAAAAUGGCCUUCCAGCCUGGGACAAACAGAAGCAUUGUCCAGACCGAGAACACGACUGGAAGCUAGGAGGAAUGUCUGAAGCCUGUCUACACAGGAAGAACCAUUCAGAGAGACGAAGCGCCUUGAAAAAUGAACAGUCCCCUCCACAUCUCAUCCAGGCCACUUGGACUAACUCAGUAUUCCAUCUGGACCAAGACGAGGUGAACGAUCAGAGGGUCUCAAGCGCCCAGACCUUCCAAACAGAAGAGAAGAAAUGUAAAGGGUACAUACCCAGUUACUUAGACAAGGACGAGCUAUGUGUAGUGUGUGGUGACAAAGCCACUGGGUAUCACUACCGCUGCAUCACGUGUGAAGGCUGCAAGGGUUUCUUUAGAAGAACCAUUCAGAAAAAUCUCCAUCCGUCCUAUUCCUGUAAAUAUGAAGGAAAAUGUGUCAUAGACAAAGUUACGAGAAACCAGUGCCAGGAAUGUCGCUUUAAAAAAUGCAUCUAUGUUGGCAUGGCAACAGAUUUGGUGCUGGAUGACAGCAAGCGACUGGCAAAGAGGAAACUGAUAGAGGAGAACCGGGAGAAGAGGCGGCGGGAAGAGCUGCAGAAAUCCAUGGGGCAAAAGCCAGAACCCACGGACGAGGAAUGGGAGCUCAUCAAAACAGUCACCGAAGCCCACGUGGCCACCAAUGCCCAAGGCAGCCACUGGAAACAGAAGCGAAAAUUCCUGCCCGAAGAUAUUGGACAAGCACCAAUAGUAAAUGCCCCAGAAGGUGGAAAGGUUGACUUGGAAGCCUUCAGCCAUUUUACAAAAAUCAUCACACCAGCAAUUACCAGAGUGGUGGAUUUUGCCAAAAAGUUGCCUAUGUUUUGUGAGCUGCCAUGUGAAGACCAGAUAAUCCUCCUCAAAGGAUGCUGCAUGGAGAUCAUGUCCCUUCGCGCUGCUGUGCGCUACGACCCAGAAAGCGAGACUUUAACCCUGAACGGGGAAAUGGCAGUGACGCGGGGCCAGCUGAAAAACGGGGGUCUUGGGGUGGUGUCGGACGCCAUCUUUGACCUGGGCAUGUCCCUUUCUUCUUUCAACCUGGACGACACUGAAGUAGCUCUUCUCCAGGCAGUUUUGCUGAUGUCUUCAGAUCGCCCAGGGCUUGCCUGUGUUGAAAGAAUAGAAAAAUACCAAGAUAGUUUCCUGCUGGCCUUUGAACACUAUAUCAAUUACCGAAAACACCAUGUAACACACUUUUGGCCAAAACUCCUGAUGAAGGUGACAGACCUGCGGAUGAUCGGAGCCUGCCAUGCCAGCCGCUUCCUGCACAUGAAGGUGGAAUGUCCCACGGAACUCUUUCCCCCUUUGUUCUUGGAAGUGUUCGAGGAUUAGACGGACUGAAUUCAUUCUCAUAAUUCCUACCGCACUACUGGGUGUCAUUUCAUUCCAUCGCCUAGCUCUUUUUGUUUGUUUGUUUCUUUGUUUCUUUGUGUUGGGGGAUUAUUUGAGGGAGAAAGGGAGAUCGUCCUUGGCAUAGACAUGGAUGAAAUUGCCCCUUGAAUGCAGGUACUUGUAACUAUUGCAUUUUUGUUCUCCAGUCCUUUGAUGUGACCGCUUUGAAGGCUUUACAGCUGUGGGGGUGGGGUGGGGAACGAUCAUUAAUUCACCAGCACCAAGCCAUCACCAGCUCCCAUCUGUCCCUGAUCAGAAACUCAGCAAGCAAAAUGGCACCACAGAAGACUGUCGCUGUUGUUAGUUGCUGUCAAGUCAAUUGGGACUCAUGGCAACUCCACGUGUGCAGAGUAGAACUGCUCCAAAGGGUUUUUAAGACUGUGACUUUUCGGAAGCAGAUCACCGGGCCUGUCUUUUGAGGUGCCUUGGGGUGGGUUCCAACCGCCAACCUUUCGGCUCGUAGUCAAGUGCUUAGCCAUUUGCGCCACCCAGGGCGGAAGACUAAAGAAGCCUUAAAACCAAGAUAAUCUUGUCAUCUUGAUCCAAUCCUGAUUUUUGCAGGGCUGAAGUUAGCAGGACACAGACCACCUCUGAUUAGAUAAUGGCUUUCGACUUUGUAGAGAAAGGUCGGAACAAAUUUGCAACUCUUCAAGAGCUUACUGUUUUUGGAGGCCUUGAUUCUCUCCAGGAAGCAUAAUUUGAAGUGCACAGGAAUAUUUGUGCCCUGUAAAAUUAGCCAUCGUUUUCAAUAUAAUUUUUAUAACCCUAUGAUUUAGCUCACACUAUACAAGAGAAUGACUCAAAGAUGUGCAGGUAUUUAAAUGAUUAAGGCCAGCAAGGGGGGGGGAAACUUUUUCAGUGAGCCAAAAGAAAUUAGAAAUCUUCACCGACAUCAAUAACUCAACAGUGUCCCAAAAUUCCCAUAACAUUACCUCACAGUAGGAAAGCUGCUUUACAGUUUAGGCUCAGAGAAAAUUUCCACAGACAUCAAAUUUAUUUAGAGGAUGUUGUCACUUUUUAAUGGCAUCUGAUCUGACAUCUCCCAAGCUCCCGAAGUUAUUUACCCUGAUUGCAUCUUCACUGAGCUGACAAGAGAUUUCCCUCUGGAUCGGAUCUUCUAAUCAAAGGAGAGAUAACAAGCUGAAAUUUGAGGCUCAUUGUGGAAGAAUUCUGAGGAAGGAUUAGUGCGAUUACAUUUCUGAGUUGAAGGAAAAUGCUGUGUUCUGAGGGUCUGUGACUGCUUCCUGCCAGUCUUAGAUCCUCAAGCUCUUUGCCUGACUCACAGAUGUUUCCUAGUCCCUAUCUUCCCUCUGAGUCUGAGGCAUUAGAUAGCUUGACUGUCACUAAACAAAGACAGAAGAUACUGGUCCUGCCACUGACCCUCUCUGUCCCUCUUGUAACAUUGUCCUGACUGACACUACUACUAUUCCCCCAUGUCAUCGAGUCAAUUUUGACUUCUAGCGACCCUAGAGGAAGGAGUAGAACUGCCCCAUAGGGUUUCCAAGGCUAUAAAUCAUUACGGAAGUAGACUGCCACAUCUUUCUCCCAAGGAGCGGCUGGUGGGUUCGAACCACCGACCUUUCAGUUAGCAGCCAAGCACCUAACCACUGUGCCACCAGGGCUCCCACUGACUGAUACUCACAGAAAAUGCCUACAGACUACGUGCACGUACACUCUCCCACCUCCCCUACCCAACCACCUCCCCCAUGCUGGGGUAAAUUGUGCCCACAAAACAAAUGGUGACACCUCAUCACUUCAACUUCAGAAAACGAGCAAAGAAUAUACCCACGCAAUUGAAUGUACCUCAUCUUUUACUGGCAUAGUAGAGAUAAACUAUUCCUUUGCCUGCCUUUUACUGCCUUAUCCUGGAGAAUCUGGGGGGAAAAAAGCCAUAUCCGUAAGGGUCACCUAAAAACAAAGGAAUGUAAGUCACUGUGAAAACCAAGUUGACUAAUUUUUUUUUUUUUUUAAGUUCGAUGGAGCAUAAACUGGCCCAGGAGUCAGUGUGCCUGAGUUCUAGUUUGUGUUCUGUCCAUUGGUAGAUGUGUGAUUUGGGGUCUUGGUUUUCUCACCUGCUGAGUAAGUCAUUUGGAUUAGAUGGUCUCUAAACCUUUCCCAUCCCUAACAUUGUAUGAAUUUCUAGGGGGAGACUCUGGUUCUUUGGAUGGUUUCUUUUAUAUUCACGUUUCUAGCUUUAUUAGACCAAAGCAUGGCCCUAUUAGCAGUUAAGAAAAGUGUAUAUGAUGCUGGUUCAGAGUGAUGUUGAAGUUGACAUCAUACUAGUGAACUAUUUAGAAGACGGUAGCAUGGCCUUAGAAAAAGUAGAAUACAGCACUGAAAACCCCAAGUAUGAUGGAAGUAAUCUGGGGGGAAAAUUGUAUGUUUAAUGCACCGAAGCAAUCAUUCUGGCUUCUGGGAAAAAGGAAACAAGAAUAUCACCAUGGAACUUGCUAAGUCACCAGAGAAAGUAAGUAGUGAUGAAAUUAUAAUUAUGAAGGUCGUGGGUAGACUACCUGCCUUGACUUUAUUUACAUAUAUUUUUUUUUUUUUUUUUUGGUUUGGCUUUUUCUAGUUAGCCUCUAGCCAUUCUCCUCAAGUGCUUACUUUACUAACGUCUCAGUUCCCUCUGCUUACUCUCCUUGGAGAAGAACUCUGGUAUAGAAACAUUUAAUUGCCUUCUACGCUCCGAGGUAACUCAGAGAAGAUGUGCGGUGUGGGUGAAGUUUGCCCUCAGAAGGGAAAGAGAGGCAGGUGAGCAGGUGGGGCACUGGAGGGGUUCACAGACUCCUCAGGCGGCCUUCCCUGGCAAGUUUUCCUUGUUUUGUUUGACAAGAAUCCCUUACAUCAGACACACCCAGAUUCAAAUUAAGUACGGAGAUGAUCUACAGCUAAAUCAGAAUGCUUUGGGGAUUAACUAUGACUGGGAAUUGGCCAAACAGUACGGUAUAUCUACAGUAACCCAGCCAGUCCCAUGUAAAAUCAUGUUUGGCCCUCAGUCCCUCAAAUGAUUGCCUCAUACAGGCAAACCGCUGGUCCAAAAAUCUUGUUGGAGGCUUAAUACUAUAGGCUGAGUGGGACAAGUAUGAGUGUACGUCAGGUUGACAGGAAAUGCUAGAAGGACUCAAAGGAUCAGGGCUCUGGUGGUCGAAGUAAGUAAACUCAUUCCUUGUGUAACUAAUUGAGGUACUUAGAGCAUCUCAAAACUCCAUCUCAUAAGACUCAAUUGUGAGGGAUUUGCUCUGGAUUUUAAUCCGCUUUUUUUUUUUUCCUUAUAUUGUCAAGACUUUCAAAUCUAGUGUGAACCUGAUUGAAACACCCUUCCCAUCCAUCUCCCAUGAUUGGGAGAUGUCCCAGUAGAGCAGAACACUUCUGUACAACUGGGAUUCUUAUUUAUAAAUCAGUUAACGUUUGGAGAUGAGUAGUGUGGGGUGUGUGUGUGUGUGCGUGCAUAUGUGUGACCCUUAAGUGUACUUUGCUCUUCAGUGUAGAUGUGCAGUAUUUCCAGAAAUAGUGAAAAAAAAAAAAAAGUAAUUUUCUUCUUCAUGGUUCUGCUCAAAAUACCACGUGCCGCCUCAGAGCUUUUUCUAGUCAAAUGAGCCUCGGUCCUCAAUGACACACUUGACGUGUUGAUGCCUCAGCCUACUGAUGCCCCCUCAUCUGUGUCCUGAGCGAUGACCCUCAGCCUGCAGUGUGGUCACAGGGUGGACGGCCUGCCCCGGCUCUGCCCCGUGACGCUUUUCUAGUUGCUCUUGCGGGAACAGGUGUGCAAGCCUCGUCCCCUCCUAAACACUAAGCCUCUCCCCAGACUCAGCCUCCAAGGAACUGCUGAGCACCCUCAAAGCAUGUCAUUGUCGGUGAUACAUUUUUAUUCUAUGGAACUCUAACGUAUUCGUGUCAUAUUGACCUUUUGCUGCAUGAGUCAUUAAUUAUGAAAUCAGUCUUACGGUUUUUGAAAUGUAGCCAGCAUUUAUAAGGCUAAACCUUUUUCAUGAGCUGAAUUUAAGUGAAUCAUCCAGCCACAGCUCCUCUCUAAAAGGAGAGUGAUGACAGACAUUUGAAUCUCUUUACCCUUUUCAAUGGCUAUAGCAUCAGGUUCUAAAAUAAGCUCAUAAUUUUUCCUGUUAUUUUAAUAAUACGGAAAAUAGUAGCAUAGUGUUUCUUUGGAUAGCGAUAGACUAUAAUCCAUAUUUAAAUUUUAUAGAGAAGAAAUUUUAUUGUACUGUGAUGUAGAUAUUUAUUAUCCAGGUAAGGAUUUGCCCGGUGUGUAUUUUUUACAAUGGAAACAUUUUACUUUAAUCUUUAAAAAAAAAAAAAAAAAAAUUAAACA